AUGGCGAAACCAUUCAUUCACCAGUGCAUGACCGACAUCUGCCAUCCACCCACCCACCCUCCAGAAGUUGUUAUACUCCUUCUUGCUGGCACACUUGGCCAAGACCGACCCACUAUCCUUGCGUGCUGGGUAGUGUUGCGUCAAGUCAUCUGGACUCACGGUACAGUACUCCCAACUGACAAGGAGAUUGAGGCUUUCAACCGUCAUGGACUUAUGCGUGGUAUUGGAUAUCACGACUUGUAUCCGCCGACACGUGUGUGCCAGAGUCCUGAGUGCACCAACUACCGUGAUGGCGAUGAAGUAGCCACUCUCACGGAUGUCAAUAAAUUUCGUGCUAGCCUCUUUACGCUACGAGAUGGCUCCCUCCCGGUCCAUUCGGUAUCAACAUAUUGUCGACAAUGUCACACCAGAUACUACCACAACUAUCGGAUUCACAAUGCCGACUCGACACGCAUGUACUACGCUGGUGUUCCCAGCGUCAUUCAGGCCGCAAGGCAUUUCUAUAUUGAAGCUGCGCUGUUGGAACUUUUUGCAGCAACGAAAGUCUUCGGAUGGAUGUCUAGUAUGAACUGCGCUCGCGUGUACAACUACGCACUUGCUCAACGGCACGCCUACAUGUCAAACAAUAGGCGUGCUUUUGACGCUACACUUGCGCAAGCUUUCGACAAGGAAUUUUCAUGGCAGUAUACCCUUCGAAUGCGCGACACUGACGUCCUAAAUGGAUUUUUCAUCCACUCACUGCUACUGGAGAAGGCAGAGCAUAACAGUUGCCUCGUUCUUCCCCACGACGAGCAACAACGGACCCGAAUUGAUGUUGCGCUGAGUGAGCGCAACAAAGAAAUGGAAGGUAUUGGGCAGGAAGCAUACCCGCACGCCUGUGACCUAUGCUUCAUUGUCAUUGGCGACGACUCAAAAACAAAGAUCCAAGCAGCUGUUUGUGACGGCAAUACUAUCGGGCACCCUUGUUGCACAGUGCACGACUGCAAAGUCCCACUUAUGACCAACCGUCAUCGUUUCUGUCCUGACCAUCAAGACUUGAACCAGCGGUGCACAGUCAAUGGCUGUGACAAGCUCCAUACCUCUGGAUCUCGAACAUGCGGCAAUGUGGACCACCAGGCUCUUGAAGACGCCUACUUCAAGCCUGCGAAAGCUCUCUUCCAGCUGCGAGUGCGGCUCAAGAGGGCUGGCAUCACAUUGCCCUUGGACUCUCUUAUCAUGCGGCCUUGUGGUGUGAUAUUAGCGCGCGCUACGUUCUUUGGGUCCGAGGCUGUUUCUGCUGAAUUUGCAAAGAUGGUAUUCCCUACUGCCGCAUCAACACCCGAAUUUUUCGUCUUCGACAACAACUGCAAGCUCCGCGCUCACCAAGAUGCUAUUGGUGAUGACCACUUUGCCGCAACAGGGAUGCCUGUGGACGUGUUUCACUUCAACUCGAAGCACAAGGAAACUGACACCUACUGUCAGCAGCACUGCAACCCUGCCGCUUUCCCAGAACUUGUUUCCGGUGGCAAGUGGCAAUUCAACACCUCGAUUUGCGAACAGACAAAUGUAUGGCUAGGUGGGUAUCAGGCAAUCCUGCGGGACAUGUCUGUACACCGGUAUAACUUUUAUCUUGAUGAGAUGAUCAAACGUCGAAACCGCUAUGUUAUCUCGGAGUCAGAGAGACGAGGACAUUCUCCUUGGAUGAUUUCUAUGGAUGCUCUGUUUGGCAGUGACUAG